UUUUUACGUAAGAAAAAUACGCAGUAGGAGUCGACCGCAGCCGGUGGAGGACUGUCGCUCCCUCUCUCUGUGCUGGAAGGAGUUUGACAAGCAAGUAGGCUACACUGUGUGGAUUUUUUUUACAGAUUUACAACGUUGACUGUCAGAGACAAACACUAUUUUUUAUUUUAUUUAUAAAUGUAAUUUGUUGAUACCUUAAAGGAAGCGUACAGCUGUGUGUGUGUGUGUGUUAACGAUCCUCCAGAGAAAAAGGGGAACGAUGGUUUAACAUCAUGAUUUAGUGAACUCCCAGCCCGGGACAACAACGUCUUCUGCUCUCCUUCAUGUUGGGCGCAGACUGAAUUAUGCUCCAGGCGUUUCUGAGGCAUGUCCGCCGCUUUCCGUGGGUCACGAAUGUCACACUGUACGGCUGCCUGUUCGCCGGCGGAGACUUGGUCCAUCAGUGGUUCUCCGCCAGGGACCAGAUGGACUGGAGACACACGCGCAACGUCGCUGCGGUGGCGUUCAGUUUUCACGGGAAUUUCAAUUUCUUCUGGAUGCGUUUGCUGGAGCGCAGGUUUCCGGGGAACUCCGCCGGGAUGGUAAUGAAGAAGCUGCUCUUGGACCAGACGACGGCAGCGCCCCUAGCCACCAGCGUCUUCUACACGGGUGUCAGUUUUUUGGAGGGCAAAGAAGACAUCCUGGAAGACUGGAGGGAAAAAUUCCUGAACACUUAUAAGACUGGGUUGAUGUUCUGGCCGUUCAUGCAGUUUCUGAACUUCGCCCUGGUGCCUCUGUACGUGCGGACCACCUUCACCGGCUGCUGCGCCUUCGUCUGGGCCACCUUCCUCUGCUUCUCGCGUCAGACUGGGGACGGCACAGCCGGAGCUGCUCUGGCAUGGAUGUUCCCCCCGAAAGACGAGGCAGCUGAACCUGCCAAAGACGAAAUAGAGUCAAAGCAAAAGGUGGAGGAAAAGGCAGCAUCCAGGACUGCAUAAUAGGAGUACUGGAAGUUGUUUUGUCAGGAGGCGAUAAUGGAGGAUAAAAACUGGAUUCAUCAGGUCCAAAGGACAGCAUUUCAGUCCUGUUUCUACUGUCUCAUUGUUUUCAAAAACACUGCCAGACCCAUAAACCGAGGUCUCCCUGAUGCUGCAAACCUCCACCAGCCUGUUGAAAGUGUUCAUAAAGCACAGCAAUAGAAAUACAGCAAGUCUAAAAAUAUGAUCUAGUCUUACUGUGCAUUAUGCUGACCUGUCAGCAUGUUUUUAGGUUUUAUUUAACCAGGUUAGCACCGGUUAUUGUGUUGUACUUCCACCCAGUGCUUAGCUUAAGUAAUCUAAAAAUACUGAAAAUACUCAUGAGCAUGUCUUCAGUUUUUAAUGAUAAGACCCAAUGUGCAACAAGACAUCAUUUCCACAUUGCAGAGUGGGAUCUAAUUGAUUUGAUCGAAACUUUCAAUAUCUUAAAACAAAGGAGAUUACAGCCAGUGUUUAUCAGCUUUGCUUCUGUGAUCUGUUGGGGUUUCAGUUCACACUGUGGUACAUUAACUGGGUCAGUUAGGAAAUCUGUUUUUAUGUUUAUAAUUCAAGAAAUGCGGGGAAAUUUCAAAAUGGACAUCAGUCGCAUCAGUUUAAUUUCCUUUCCAGUAAUUUAUAGUUCCUGUAUUCGGAGCAGCAGCAGCACAUUCCAAGAAAAGGUUGGGCUGUGGUGGCUUUUACCACAUUAUGCUAACAUGUCUGGCAUUGAGGCUUGCAGCUGAGGCAGAAUUUCAGAGGGUGCUCAUUAAUGUCUCUGGGAAUCACAGUUUAAUAUGCACAGUGGUAGGGGCUUACUUUUUAUUUCAUAUUUCCCUUGACUUUGAGAUUUGUUGUGGUUUCAUUUCUUCUUUGGUUCAUCUCAGGAUCUUCUGGUCCAAGUAAAGCAGACAGUAAAUCUGAACAAGUUUGACAUGCAGCUGUCAGCAUUUGCUCCUUGUUGGCUUUUCCAUACAAUUUUUAUUUAUUGUGCUGUUUUUCUUGACUAACAUUUUCCAAAGCACCCCCACAGACUUCCUCAUGGUUUUCAUGCAGUGAAGUCUUCAAGUGGCAGAAUUGUGUAUUUUCCAGGCACAUGCUGCCAUUUUACAGUCAAGUAACUAUGUUACCUUCGAUUUUUAUAAAAAUGCUU